AGAACACAUUUGAAGAAGCAGCAAAAGUAGGGUUGAGGUUGGCUUCCCUUAACCGAACAGUCGGGCAAAUGUGACCAGUUACGUGAUGGUGUAAGGCAUUCUGCGAGGCAGGCGCCUUCGUGGAACCCGGUUGGUCGCUCUUUGGUUCGCCGCAGUCCGCUGUGUUCGUCGAUCGGUCGACGCUGGUAGCGAUUGCGUAGGCCGUCAGUUCGGCGAUCGACUCAGUGUCACAUCGGACGUUACUGUGGUAGGUGCGGUCGGGAAUUGCGGUUGUACGCUAAAGGCUGAUUGGGCAGAAGAAUCCACGUUGCCAAGUGCUGCAGGCAAACCAUGUCGAGAAAACGUAUGGGCUGGCGCCUACGAGAGACUGACGAAAAAGUGGUUGUCAGACCAGCAGGACACGCGGCUUAAAGUCUUGCGCAAGGUUUUGCCGGUUGUGGAGGACAGCGUGCCAAGUUCAUGCCCUGUCUGCAGAGCUAGGGAUGUGGAGUUGAGGACGAACCGGCAAACGGGUGAAAGUGCAUUUCAAAUUACCGGGUCACUGGUACCUCGCACCUGCAUCGCAAUGAAUACACCAGACCUGAUUCGUUCGGUGGAGGAUCACAGACGAAUUGAUGAAUUGGGGGACACACUGUAUGCCGUAUAUCUGGAUGAGGACAUAGUAAAGAAAACGUUUGCCGUAUAUCGUCUGCGUUGCCUCGGAUGGUUGUUCCAGCCGAAUACAAAACAAUGGGUUAAGCCAGUGGAAGGUUGCACGCAGGAGACUACGGACGGCGGAAUUUAUGGCAAAUUUCUUGUUUUUGAUCAGAAUGCAUGGUGCUUGAGAUAUGAGGAAAAUGUUUUCUUUAGCAAAGCGUUUCUUGAGCACGAAAUUAAUGGCCAGCUCGAAACGAAGUAA